GUCUCCAGCAGCGAAGCAGCCGCAGACUGCUCUGCUCUGCAGUUCAGGCUGCUUUAACUGUAAAUAUUGUCCUUUACUUCUGCUGAAAUGUGAGCUUUUUUGGACUCCGCCGUGUCUCGCCGGAGUAGCGCGCGUUCAAAUAUAACUCGUUUUUACGCGAUGUGACAGAAGAAGAGCCGGUUUGAGCAGCAGCAGGAGGUUUUUACAGGUUGGUUCAGGCAACAAGAUGAACAUUUUCAUGGACAAUGAACCCCCACGAGUGGAAAGAUGCCAUUCAAAGACUGCAGAGACACUUCGAGCCAAAUCACCAGAGCGCCGUCAGCAACAAUGUGGGGAAUACCUCAACAAGUAGCAAUAACUGGGACGCUUUCUGCGAAUACUCAACGCGGUACGGUGCUCUCGAACCGCACGGCAGCAAUGUGGGCUGGACGGAGCUCGGUCCUCCCUCUGGUAGCGACUACAGGAGGAGCUCGGAGGUGGAGGAGCUGGACGGAGGAGAGCUGGAGAUGAACGAGCAGGACAAAGAGCUGGUGAGAAAGAGGCAGCAGCUCAGAGAGAUCGAGGAGCGAAUCAUACACAAGAAAGCCUCCAUCGCCCUGAAAACGGUUGGACAGCUUGAGAAUAACACGACAGCGGGUGUUUCCUGCGACGCUGAAACUCUGAGAGAUCGGGUGAACGUGAUUCUGCAGCAGCGUUGUCCUCUCGGCUUCCUCUCAAAGGUCCGGUCACACAAAGACAGAACAAACUCAUCUAGCCUGAGCAAAGAGGGUCUGCUACAGCAGCAACAUCCCCUGAAGCUCAGAGUGGAGGCGCUGAUGACGCAGAGACGUAGUGACGCCUGUAUUCAGGCAGCGAACAGAGACAAGACUCCUGAAGCCACUCUGCCUCCUCCCAGCCGAAGCCUCGCAUCACCAGCGGAGGAGGACAACAGCGUCAACAAGGGUUUCGAGCGCUUCCUCAGCAUCCUGAACAAAGGAGUGGACAUGGACAUGCUCAGCAGGAUCGUUACCGCUGACAGGGAGGACCUCCCUUUGAGGAGGGAACGCCUGAAUGUUCAGUCCUCAGACGUGGACAAAAAGUCCGAUUCGGUCUUCAGUAGCGAGAGCCGGCGGUCGGACAGUCGGACCAACAGUUCAGAGGCGAAAACCGAGCCGCUCGCCGAGAGACUCUCUUUACCUGAUGUAGAGGAGAAGAAGAACGCCCGAGGACAUAACAGUCGAUCUAAGUCUCCACCGGUGGCGAAAAAGAAGAUGAAGAAGAAGAAGAAGGAGGAGGAAGAAGCAAAGCCGAAGGUGGAUGAGAAGCAGGAACAGCUGCAGAACAUUCUCAGAACUUUGGGUUUGAACCUGGAUGCGGACGAGAUGAACAAACUAACGGAUCGUACUCAGGAGAGGCUGUAUGGGAAGAAGGCUGAAGGCAGGUGGAGGACGGGGGAGGAGGAGAGUCGGCAGAGAGGCUCCAACAGAGAUUCCUCCACAUCCUCCUCCUCCUCUUCCUCCUCUUCGUCUUUGUCUUCCUCCUCCUCUUCCAGAUCGUCCUCUCGGAGCUUCAGUCGGAGCCCGUCGCCCCGUCAGCGACAAGACGGCGGCCAUGGCAGCGAAGAAGCACAGGAGGAUCCGAAUAGAUUUGGAAUGAACUCCCAGCAGAUUUACACUUAUCAGCACCCACUAAACCAGACCUUCCCCCUCCCCCACCCCGCUGCCUCUGCAUAUCCAGGUUACAAUCAGUCGCAGUAUUACCAUUACACCAACAACCACAGCGUCACCUACAGCGCUGCAACACAUUCUCUCUGGCCGCAGAUGGCCUUUCAUUAUCCAAACUAUUCCUACCCUGUAGUCCCCGUGCAGGACGCCACCUCCUAUCACCACCGUAGCCUUGAAAAUUUCAUCCCAUACGAGAAUGAACUGGCCACGAUCGAAGGUCAGGAGGCGACGGCUUCUCGUCCUCGCUGCCUGAAGGCCGUGAAGCUGAAGGAGGUGCAGCUGAAGAGAGAACCUUGUCUGAAGCAACUCGUCGCAGGCCCCAGGAAGAAAAGGAAGAAAAAGAAUCCUCCGAGCAAAAGGGCAAGAAUCAAGCGGAAGAAACAACGACAAAAAAUGGCGCAGCAAAAGGAAGCAGACAAGGCGAAGGAUUUGCAGGACGGCGAAAGCGACGGGGACGACUCCAACAUUAGCCAGUCGGACGAGGAGAAACCGGAGCUGACGGAGCAGGAGAUAAAGGCCAAGCUGAGGAAAACGCUUGAAGCUUUCAACCAGAAGGCGAAACACACCAGCCAGCUCCCUCAGCCCACACUCAUGCAGCCAGCUAACUCCCUGACCUCUGAGAACGGUUGAAACGUCUGUGAAGAGCUUCUUUGAUUUGAACCUGUGGUGAGCCCUGACAGAAGCUGGACCUCCAUGUUUGGGUAUUUAAAAGCAGCAGUUCAGUGCUGCGGGAUCAGCGUCAGUUUUAGUUCCAUCCCUGCAUUUGUAUUGAGUCGUUCUCAACUCAUAGAAAUGUAAUUACAUCUUCUUCAAAAGAAUAUUUUUGUGCGAUUAAUUACCAGUUUGCAGGUCUACAUUUCUAUGAAUGUCACUACUUUGUAACUCUGGACGUUUUUUUUUUUUUUUUUCUGUUGUAUAAAUUUGUUUACGCAAAAUA